CCAGCGGUUUGUAGUAUAAGAUUUCAACAUGGCGGAAAAAGCUUCCCCGAGCAAAAAGGCAAGCAAAACGCCUGUCAUCUCAAAAACAACCAUUUUCGUGCGAAAUCUUCCAUACAACAUAACAGAUGCUGAGUUUAAGAGUGCAUUCGAGGAAAUUGGGCCGCUAAAACGUGGUUUUAUCGUUAAGGACAAAGACAACCAAAAUAGGUGCCGGGGAUUUGGUUAUGUAACGUUUGCCUUGGAAGAGGAUGCGCUAAAAGCUAAAGACAAUAUCAAAAGCAUUAAAGGAAGACCAAUCCAUCUCGAUUUUUCUGAAAAGAAAGCGCGAACAAAGCCAGGACGGGAAGGAACAGAGAAUGCAAGUCAAAAGGAAACUGAGACAGAGGAAGUAGAAGUGGAUCACACUGAGACUCAUUUAUCUUCAUUAGUAAGCAAUACUGAGCAACCUAAAAAAGAAGCAUCAAAAUCAAAGUCUCUUCGGAAAGCCCCUCAAACAGAUGCUGGUCGCACCGUCAUCCUGUCUGGCCUCCCUGCUUCCAUUACUGAGAAACAGAUUUACAAAAGGUGUAGAAAAUUGGGUGAGGUGGAAAAGACUAUAUUUCCUGUUGCUGGUCAUGAUUCGCCAACUGCUUCACUGCUGUUCAAAUCCUACAAAGACGCUAGACAAGCUGUGGCCAAGCUCAAUGGAAAAACAUUAAAAGGAGUUAAGGUGAAAGCUGUUAUAGAAUCCAAAGACAAGUCCUCUUCUCCAAAAGGGUCCAAAAAAUCCAGAUUGAUUAUCCGCAACCUGGCUUUCAACUGCACUGAGGCUAUUCUGAAAGAGACAUUCAGUGCAUUUGGGGAAGUGUCCGAGGCUAGUGUGCCACAAAAAAAAGUGGGGAGGAGGAACCGCAAAAUGGGAUUUGGUUUUGUUCAGUUUACCAAUGUGUUUGAUGCAGCAAAAGCCCUUGAAGAGAUGAAUGCUAAGAAGAUUCUUGGGCGGCCUGUGGCAGUUGAUUGGGCAGUACCAAAGUCAAUGUAUACUAAAAAUGAAGAAAAACACAAAAAAGACUAUAACUCAAACACAUUACAGGAUGAUGAGAAAGGAGGAGAAGAUUCAGAGGGAACAACAGAACACAAGAACAGGGAUGAUGAUGAUGAUAGUGAUGAUGAUGAAGAUGUCAAGCAUAUGUCAAAAGACGAUAACGACAAUGAGAAGAGUGAUGAAGAUGAUGCAUCAGAAGAUGACAAUCAUUCACAGCGGAGCAAGCCUUCAGAUGUCAAGGAAGGUCUGACAGUCUUCAUCCGAAACCUUUCCUUUGACUCAACACAGAAAAAUAUCACUAACCUUUUCAAACAGUUUGGUGAUAUUGCAUAUUGUAAGGUGGUUGUCGACCAUCUAACCCAGCACAGUAAAGGGUCUGCGUUUGUCAAGUACAGAUCAGCAGAGAGUGUGACGCAGUGCUUGGCAGCCACUGACGAAGAUUCAGAAGGGCUGUUCUUGGAUGGUAACCGAUUACAAGUGGACCUUGCUGUAACACCUGGCAAGCUGGAGCAAAUGAGCAGGCAGCAAAAAGAGGAGCGGAGAGACCCAAAGGACAAACGCAACCUGUACCUCGCCAGGGAAGGAGUCAUCAAGCCUGGGUCAGAUGCCGCUAAGGAUCUCAGCAAGGCAGACCUGCUGAAGAGGCAGAAAGCAGAGGCGGAAAAGAAGUCAAAAUUGCAAAACCCCAACUACUUUGUAUCAAAAACAAGGCUUUGUGCCAGAAACCUCCCUCUCAAGCUGAAUGAAAAAGAGUUAUCAAAGGUCUUCAGCAAAGCAGGAACAUUGGACAAUCACAAGCCUGCAAAAGUGGUUAGCGUCCUGCUCAUGCGCAGUAAAGAGCGACUAGAUAGCUCUGGAAAAGGUCGACCACUCGGCUUUGCCUUUGUUGAGUUCACGAACCACAAGGAGGCCCUCGCUGCUCUUCGGGCGACCAAUAACAACCCGGAACUGUUCGGACCUGAUCGGCGACCGAUCGUUGAGUUCUCGAUUGAAAAUAGUGUCGCAUUGAAGGCGAAGCAACAAAGGCAACAAAGAAAUAAACAAAAACAUAAACAGAUGGAAUCGCAGUCUGGACAGGACCUUCAAACUAACAAGGAAAAACGGCUGAAAAAACGUGAGCGUAGGAUACAGAAACGAAAAGAAAAACAAUUGAGAAGAAAAGAUCAGACAAAAAACGGACGUGACGACAAAACCGGAAGUAACGCUAGCGAAACUGCUUCCGCUAUUGGAGAUGGUGUCAAGGGCGAGCAAAAAUCCAAGAAAGACCUUUCUAAGAAGUCCAAGCCACAACUAAAUAUUAGUAAACCUUUGAAGAAAACGUUCCAGAGUGGACGUUCUGGUAAAUUUAACCUCGAUAAACCAAGGCAAUGGUCUAAGGACGCUGUUGAUAUUACUCACCCGGCCUCAAAAGUAACUUGCGCAGUUGGUGGAGGAAAAGCGACGGGAAAGCAAAGGCAAGGAGCGAAACGAAAAGCGCGCGAGCAGAAAGAGGAAAGUGAGUUCAAUACUAUCGUUCAGAACUAUAAGAACAAGCUAUUUGGGGAGUCUGGAGCCACAAAGGAAAAAAGAGCUAGAUGGUUUGAAUAGAAGUUAAAUAGCUCUAGAUGGUUUGGAUAGAAGGAAAAUAGCUCUAGAUGGUUUGGAUAGAAGGAAAAUAGCUCUAGAUGGUUUGAAUAGAAGGAAAAUAGCUCUAGAUGGUUUGAAUAGAAGGAAAAUAGCUCUAGAUGGUUUGAACAGAAGGAAAAGAGAUCUAGAUGUUUGAAUAGCAGAAAAAGAGGUCUAGAUGGUUUGAACAGAAGGAAAAGAGAUCUAGAUGGUUUGAAUAAAAGAAAAAGAGGUCUAGAUGGUUUGAGGAGAAGGAAAAUAGCUCUAGAUGGUUUGAAAAGGAGGAAAAUAGCUCUAGAUGGUUUGAAUAGAAGAAAAAGAGGUCUAGAUGGUUUGAACAGAAGGAAAAGAGAUCUAGAUGGUUUGAAUAGAAGGAAAAGAGGCCUAGAUGGUUUGAGUAGAGGGAAAAUAGCUCUAGAUGGUUUGAAUAGAAGGAAAAUAGCUCUAGAUGGUUUGACUAGAUUGGGAUUGACGUUAGCCUGCGUGCAGCCGGAAAUAGUUCCAUUAAUUCCGGGUGCACGCAGGCUAGAUUGACAUUGGAUUCACUUGGUGGUGUCGUUUUAUAGUCAUUCCUUUUUAAUGAAACUUUUGUCAGGCGCCAGUGUAUAUAACUGAAUGGAAGCGACUCCAUAUUCUCUUCCGAGUAACAACGAGUUACCCCCAGUGAAGCCCCAAAUCCCUAAAAGGUUUGAGUAAUAAGGCUGAAAAAACGAUAACGAAGAUAAACAAGAAAUAUCAUAUUUUAUGAUGAUAUCAGGUGUACAUUAAAUCGAACUGCUCAAAA